UUAUGAUUAUUACACUUCCGAUUAAUCAUAAAACGGCCAAGUUAUAUGCAAAAACCCAAGACAAACUUAUGAGUGCCAGAGAUCGUAGAGUGGGGCUUAUGAAUGAAGUUCUGCAAGGCAUUCGCAUGAUAAAAUUCUUUGCCUGGGAAAAGAAUUGGGAAAAUAGAAUAUUGGAGUCUCGCAAAAUUGAGCUUAAACAAUUUCGAAAUAAUUUUAUUUAUAUGGCAAUAUUUGAUCUAUUGUGGUCGGCUUCACCUAUCUUGAUCACUAUUCUUAGCUUUUUCUUUUAUACCAAAAUUCAAGGAAAUGAGCUCACAGCAGCAAUUGCUUUUACUUCGAUAGUUGUUUUCAAUGAACUUCAAUUUGCACUUAAUGUUUUACCUGAAGUUUUUACUGAGGCGCUUCAAACCAUGGUCAGCAUACGUAGAAUAGAAAACUUUCUAAAUGAAGAUGAGAUCGAUAUUCCACCUGAAAAUAAUUAUCCUCUUAUUACAUCGAUCUCUUUUGAAAAAGCAACUGUUUCAUGGAAUAAAAUAAUGGAAAAUAGUGAAGAAUUUGCUAUGCGUGAAUUGGAUUUGAAUUUUCCAGUGGGUGAAUUAAGCAUCAUUUGUGGACCAACCGGAUCUGGGAAGACAUUGUUAUUAAUGUCACUUCUUGGAGAAACGAAUGUCCAUAGUGGCAAGAUCAAUAGUCCACAUUGUCUUACAGUUCCUACUGAUAAAAAUAUUAAUGAAAAUAAUUGGAUUCUUCCUAACUGUAUUGCAUAUGUUGCACAGCAAGCAUGGCUUCAGAAUGCUUCAAUUCGUGAUAAUAUUCUUUUUGGUCUUCCUUAUAAUGAAAAUCGUUAUAAUCAAGUUAUAAAAAUAUGUGCGUUGGAAAAAGAUUUUCAAAUAUUUGAAGAUGGUGACAUGACAGAAAUUGGUGAAAAGGGAAUUACAUUAAGUGGUGGUCAGAAAAUGCGUGUUGCUUUAGCAAGUGCUGUUGACGCACAUACUGCUUGGCAAUUGAUGAAUGAAUGUCUAUUAGGUCCUAUUAUGAAAGGACGUACUCGAAUUCUUGUAACGCAUCAUAUCAAACUUUCUGUUACUGGUGCUGCUUAUUUGGUUGUUGUUAAUAAUGGAAAAAUUGUUACAUCUGGGUCAAUUUCAGAAUUACGUAAUUCAGGAACAUUGGCCUCGAUCCUUGAUGAGAAUGAUAAUCAAUCAGAAUUCGAGAAUUCCGUUGAACUAGCCGCGGAAAAUGCUGCUAAAGUAAGUAAUAUCUCCGAACAGUCAUCCACUCCUGGUCACAACGCCGAUUCAUCAACUGCUUCCGAUGCAACUCUUGUCGAGAAUGUCGAAAAUGUCGAGAAUGUUGAUCAGGCGGAUGAUUCACAACCAAUAAAAAAAGUCUCUAAACCAAAAGUUCUUGUCGAAGAAGAAGCGAGACCAACUGGCAUGGUUAAGUUUAAGAUUUACAAGUCUUAUUUGCGCGCAAAUGGAAAUAUACUUUAUUGGCUAUUUUUUGUCGGAGUAUUUAUUGCAACUAGAGCAAUGCAAAUAAUGGAGAAUUGGUGGCUUCAAGUUUGGUCAAAUGCUAAAAACAACGAGACAACAUCAUCACUUUUCAAUUUUGUUCGACAAGAUAAUUUAGUUAUGAUAGAUGGAAUAUUCGACGAUAUUUAUAAGCCACAUAGC